GAAUUUCAGUGAAUAUCGGAACGCAGUCUGGAUAAAACACUUAAGAUGUGAUAUGAUCUAAAUGUGUUUGUUAAGAUAGGUUAGAUGGGUAUAAGACGCGGUGUCAUAGUCAAUACAAUAGUUAUUUAAAUAAAGGAAUGAGAAGAGGGAAUAUCACAAUGGAUUUAUCGACUGUGCCACUUGUGGCAGCCACUGCUGCGAGCAGACAGGUUAUUGCGACUAUGCUGAAUCCCAUGAAGGUUUUGCCAAGCGAUAAUGGCUUGCCAAGGGACUGGAGAGGCCUAGCACAUCAGUUGGAGCUCAGCACAGAACUUAUGUCACUGCUAACAUCACAUUCUGAUCCAACAAUACACAUAUUGACAUUGUUGGAGAAAAAUCAGAAAGAUAUUACAAUGAAAAAUUUUCAAGCAAUGAUGGAGCAGAUGGACAGAUGGGACAUUAUUGAUGACACUGAAGCUUUGUUUCAAAGUGAUGCUGAGAGAUAUUUGGAACACCAGCAAAGAGCUCAAAUGUCAGCAGAGCCAAUAGAUGAGUGUGCUGAUCAAAAAAUACUUACAUUUGGUGAUAUUCAUAGGCUAAAUCAAGGUUUAGAAACACAAUACUACGAUGCAUUUCUUUUGUAUGCAGAGGAGGAUAUUGAUUUUGUGAAUGAGAUGAUAGAGAAACUUGAGACGCAAUUCAAGCUGAAGCUAUGUUUGAAAGAUCGAGAUUUGGUCGUUGGUAUAGAAUUCGAGCAUGAAGCGAUAAUGAAGUUGAUAUCCGAACGAUGUAAUAGACUGCUCAUUAUAGUAUCACCGAAUUUUCUCAAAAGCUCGGCAAACAAAUUUUUCUUGAACUAUACUCAGGCUCUAAGUAUUGAAAAGCGACAGAGAAAAAUUAUACCAUGUAUAUACAAAAGAUGUGAAUUGCCGUUUCAAUUAAAAUAUAUAUCUAAUUUAGAUUAUAAUCUCAAGGGAUUAGACUUUUGGGGCAAAUUACACAAUUCUAUACAAGCUCCAAAUUCUUUUGGCACAAGUUCAAUUCAAGAAGGAAACAACUUACAAGAAAGUACAGAAAUAAAGAAAACAUUACCUGAUAAGUAUAAAGAUAUAGUUCACAUAACUCAAAAAACAAAUGAAAAAACAUCAAAAUAUCCACAAGAGAAUGAAAGUUGUGAAUCUAUCAUGAAAGCAAGUGAUACAAAAACUCUAAAUGUUAGUAGUAAAAAGAAUAAGACAUUGUCACGAUGGGAAAAAAUUACCUCAAAUUGGAAAACAAAGCAAAGCAAAGAAAAUGAUCAGUUAACUACAGAGACAAUCGUUCAAAAUUUGCCAUCACUAGAUAAUUUAGACAGUUUAAAUUUAUCUAGUCCUCAUGAAUAUAAGAAAAAGAAAAAAAAAUUAUUUAGUAAUUUUACAAAGAAAAGAAUUGCUCUAAAAACCUGAUGACAAAGUAGUGAUUUUUGUACAAGGAUUGUAUACAAAAUUCUAUAUUAUAUACAUUUCUGUGUGCAAAA